AUGCCUCCAUCCUUGCGUUACCCCUUCAUAGUCUCUGUGACCACUGUCAUCGUUUUUAUUGUGCUCUACGUGUUAAGUUUUGGGGCAGAUCAAAGCUACCAGAAACUGAACAUCUCAGACUCGGUGAUGCUGACUCAGGUAUGCACAUCCUUUAUCAAAGGGAGAAGCCUUUUCCCGUGGAGAAACAAACUAAUGAUCCAUGAGAAACCUUCUUGCACAGAAUAUGUGACCCAAAGCCACUAUAUCACAGCCCCUUUAUCUCAGGAAGAGGUGGAAUUUCCUUUGGCAUAUGUCAUGGUCAUCCAUCACAAUUUUGACACCUUUGCAAGGCUCUUCAGGGCUAUCUUCAUGCCUCAAAAUAUCUACUGUGUUCAUGUGGACGAAAAGGCAACAGCCGAAUUCAAAGGCGCAGUGGAGCAGUUAGUGAGCUGUUUCCCCAAUGCCUUUAUGGCCUCUAAGAUGGAGCCCGUGGUCUACGGUGGGAUCUCCCGGCUCCAAGCUGACCUGAACUGCAUCAAGGAUCUGUCCACCUCCGAGGUCCCCUGGAAAUACGCCAUCAACACCUGUGGGCAGGACUUCCCCCUGAAAACCAACAAGGAAAUAGUUCAAUACCUGAAAGGGCUUAAGGGGAAGAAUCUCACUCCAGGGGUCCUGCCUCCAGCUCACGCAAUUGGAAGGACCAAGUAUGUCCACCGGGAACACCUGAGCAAAGAGCUUUCCUAUGUGAUCAGAACCACCGCCCUGAAGCCUCCACCUCCCCACAACCUCACCAUUUACUUUGGCUCUGCCUACGUGGCUCUAUCAAGAGAGUUUGUCAACUUUGUUCUCCAUGACCCUCGGGCAGUUGAUCUGCUCCAUUGGUCCAAAGACACGUUCAGUCCUGAUGAGCACUUCUGGGUGACGCUCAAUAGGAUUCCAGGUAUGUGA